CCACAUUUUUUAUUGUAAUUUUAUAUGAUCCAGCAUUGGAAGACAAAAUGUACUGCACUGCUGCCUUUCUAGUCAUCUCGCAAGCAUUUGAUAAAGUCUGGCACACAGACCUUCUAUACAAAUUAACAAAAAUGCUUCCUCUCACUCACUCCCUAAUUUUAAAAUCCUACCUCCAUAACCAUUACUUUUUUGUACAACAUAGAGAUGAGCGCACGUCACUAUUUCCAGUUGGAUCCGGAGUCCCACAGAGCAGUGGGGGCCAGUGUUAUACCUAUUGUACACAGCGGACUUACCAACAAACUUUCAAACCACGACAGCUACAUAUGCAGAUGACACAGCAGUGAUGUCAGUACAUCAGGACCCACGGACAGCUUCUCAACUUCUGUUUUUGACCCCCAUCUGUGUUAUGUAAUACUUGAACGGUCCCUUGGUUACAAGUCACCAGUGUUGCCAAUCAGCGGAUAAUUAUCCGAUUUGCGUACCUUUUUGAGAGUUGUCGUACCUUCUGCGUACCUUUAAAUAAAUCGGAUAUUUGCGGAUAUUUUUCAGUGUAUCUACUAUCAUCGACUAAAACUUUCUCAUCCAUAUAUUCCCAGCACCAACAACACAUUAAUUUUGUUUGCUUCCACCAAAAUUUUUAUAAAUAGCCUAUACUGGAUGAAUGUUAGUGACAUCCGAUACUUUUCAUCUUUUGACAAAAGGGACAUGUGCCGAUUCUUUUGUUUAGAAUUUAAAUGCACAAGUGCAUCCACUUAAGGCGUACUAAUCCAAUUCAAAUUUCAAAAUCUGUCUGCCCUCGGAUGUUAUUUAUGAGUUUUUCGAUUUUAGUCUGUAAACUUAUGAAAGCUAAUUCACGCACGAUUUAGUUUUAUUUUCAUUGUAUGUAGUGCAGUGCUUAAGUAAACGUCUCGUCUGUUGAAAUAAGUUUUGGUUUGUGAAAAUACUUUUUUAUAAUGGAUAAAUGGUUAAUAAAAAGUGUUAAGACCAAAUCAAAUAAUGAAAAAAAUAUUGCUGAAAAGCAGCCGUCAACUUCACGUCAUGCUUCUGAACAACAGCCUGAAUCUAGUAAUCAGCAAAAUGUUACUGAAGAGCAGCCAUCUACUUCUCAUACUCCUAAGGGAGGAGUAAUUAUUAGUCAAAAUGUUGACGUUGGCCGUGUUAGUAAAAAGAUUAACACUUCUCAGAGUAAUAUUAUUGUUGACACUAAUGAUGCCGAGCCCAAUGAUGCCGAGCCCAAUGAUGCCGAGUCCGCACCAAUUGUUGACAAAUUUCUAUUGAGUUUGAAAAGGAAAGCUGAUUUUGUAGAUACACCUUCAAAAAGAAUAUGCAAGUUUAUUCCAGCGUGGCUAACCGAUAACGAGUUUCGCGGGUGGCUUAAUAAAUCAAAUAAGCCAGAUGAUAAACACGGCAAUGAAUACGCAUUUUGUAAAGUUUGUAAAUCAAAUUUGGUGGCUCAUAAGGCUGUGUUACUUAGACAUAUGAGAACGGAAAAACACAAAGAGAAUUUUAGUGCGGUAUCCAGUAAUAUAAAAAUAAAGGACAUGUGUGUAAAACAAACCUGUGAAAAUAAUUUAGUUAAAAGAGCAGAACUAAAAUUAUGUAGUCUUUUGGCUACAAAGGACUUACCGUUCUUAUUAAUGGACACUGUAUGUCCACUACUUAAAGAUAUUUUUCCAGAUUCUAAGAUAGCUCAACAAUUAACCGUUAAAAGGACUAAAGCAACUCAAAUAGUCGUUGAAUGUUUGGGUGACAAUUUUCUGAAAGAAUUAUAUGAAAAGUUAAGAGUACCUGGAAUGUUUUUUUCAUUGAUUAUGGAUGAAACUACAGAUAUAUCGGUAAAAAAACAGUGUGCAUUUACUGCAAUAUUUUUUGAUGAAAAUUCCAACUCAUUACAAACAACAUUUUUUGACAUUUUAGAAAAUACUGGGGGCACUGCAGUUGAAUUAUAUUCAACUUUAAAAGACAUAAUAUUUUCCAAAGGUAUUCCUAUAUCUAAUUUUGUUGGAUUUUCGUCGGACACACCUAAUGUAAUGGUAGGGCCACACAAUUCAGUUUUUUCCCAUCUAAAACAAGAAUUUCCUGAUAUAGUUUGUGUUAAAUGCUCUUGUCACAUGGCACAUUUAGCAACUUCAAAGGCAUGCUUGAAACUUCCCAAGCACAUUGAGGACUUACUAAGAAAUAUAGGAAGCCAUUUCAAUAGAAGUGCUUGUCGAAGAGCCAAAUUUCGGGAAUUUCAGGAAUUUUUUAAGGUUGACAUUCACAAAAUUCUAUCACCUGCUAAGACCAGGUGGCUUUCACUAAAAGCAGUUGUGGACAGGGUUCUAGAGCAGUACGAACCAUUACGUGCAUAUUUCAAGGAGAGUGUUUCUGAAGAUCCUUCACAUGUAACGGAAACUAUGUUGGAAACUCUUAAUCACCCUCUUACUGAAGUGUAUUUAAAGUUUAUGUCUUAUGUUCUAGAGCUCAUGACGGAUUUCAAUAUUUUAUUCCAAUCCGAAAAACCACUUUUAUAUAGGGUUAAGCCCGAAACUGAAAAUUUAUUGAAGAUUUUAUGUUCCAAUUAUAUGAAUAUUGUUCAUAUAAAAAAAUGUGCAGAAAUCCUGAAAAUUGUUCACGACAAUCCAGACAAUUUUCUUCCAUUAGAGCAAAUUUAUAUAGGAAUUUCUGCUUUCGACAGUUUGCAACAUUUGCGAUCGGAUAAAGACACAAAUUUAGAACAAGCAGACUUUGAUAAUUUUUUUAAAUCAAUAUUAUCCUUUUAUAUUGAACUAGUUGCUAAUAUCAAAGAUCGGUUUAAAUUUGAGGACCGGGUUUUUACUACCUUAGAGCUGUUAGAUCCGAAGGUGGCCCAAUCAUUCCAAACAAAAUCUUUAAAAAACAUAUUAGAUAGGUUUCCAGUUCUAAAUAACUUUGUCAAUGCACAAUCUUUGGAUAACGAGUGGAGAAAACAUGCACUCUUAGAUUUUGAUAGUUUAGACAUUAAUUCCAAUACCGAGUGUGAUAUAUACUGGUCUCAGAUUUUUAAAUUAAAAAAUGAAGCCAACAUAUCUUUGUUUCCAAAUUUAAAAAAAGUAUUUUCAUUGUUAUUCGUUCUACCAUUUUCAAACGCUGCGGUAGAAAGGGUUUUUAGUAAUUUAUUCAAUAUAAAAACAGAUAAGAGAAAUCUUUUAGAUACAUCUACAAUUAGGGCUUUAUUGGCGACAAAAGAUGGUAUCGGUAAUACAGGCUGUGUAAAAUUUACACCUUCAAAAAAAAUGUUAGGAUGUAACAUAUGGCAAAAUAGUAAAUGAGAAUUUUGUACUUUAUUAAAUUAUGUUUUUUGUAUGUGUUGGAUUACGUACUUACAUGUUUAGGUUUUUAAUGUUUUAAUGUCCCACUGGCAUAUUAUUUGAUAAAUAAUGAAAUGAUUUAAAAGUCAGUUAAAUAUGAUAUAUUUCUGUUAUUAGUUAGUAACAACCAAAAAAGUUAAGUUUUCCAUAAAGUGGGGGACUUUUUAUUUUUUACUUUAAUUUUCCAUUUCCAACAAUUGUUUUUUCCGAUUAUAGUGCUAGCUGACAACUCUGCCAUGUAAGGUCAUACCUACAAAUUUUCCAACCAAUAUGGUUGAUGUCAUGUAAUGCCAGGGGUUAAUCUGGAAAUAUUUUUAACAUCCUUUAAAAUCGCAUAAUAUAAUGUAACCUUAACUGUUUAAAAACAACUCAAGGGUUUUUACCCGUAUAUUUUUGUGGCUUAAAGCAUGUUAAUCUGUGAAUACACUGAUGAUGGAAUAUUGAUUCCGAAAACGUUUUGUUGUGAUAUACCCCUUUUUAGGGAUUUUAAAUAUACCUCUGAUUUUUUAAUCAACUUAAAUUCCCCAAACCUAAACUAAUUACCUACACAGAAAUCAGUUAAAAAAUUAAUGCACUGCCUUAAUUGUAGUUAUAGUAGUUAUAUAUAUAUUUUUAAACAAUUUUGAAUAAAAAUUCUAGGAGAGUUGUUCACGGAUUUCCACCAUACUUCAUUCGACGUAUCUUGAUGAGAUUGCUAAAUCCUUAUUGGUUAAUUGAUGUUUAUUAAGAAUAAAAUUGUAAAAUAAAACAAUUAAUAAUUUAAUAAAUAAUAAAUAAUUUAAUUUCUAUUCGAUAGAUAAUUAAGAAUAAUAUCACCUGUCUUACAGGUUAUAUAUGUGUCUACACUUUAACCACAGAUGUACACAAAAUAUAUGUAUAACGUUACUCAGAAUAAGGUAAUCAUUUGUAGAAUACCAAAUGUAAAGUUCAAAAGAUUUUCCAGAUUUCUCGGACAUGAGAUGUAGUUAAAUCGGUUCUUUUUUUGUAAAGUUCUAUCAAAUCUAAUAUCUUAAACAAAACCAUUUCAUCAAAACAUGUUAUACCUAAUUAUAUUUAUGAUUUUUUUGAGGAAUGUAAUGGUAUGUACUAUGCAUAAAAGAACUUUCCGGCACAGAAACGUCACUUUUCUGCACACUACUGUCAGUUAUUCUGUGAGAAAAUGUUAAGUUUGUUUACAUAAAAUUGUGCAGAAAAAUGCAUUUGGAAUAUUGGUUGUAGAAAAAUCUACUUACUUGAAACUAGUAAUAUCUAGAUAUCUACUAAUUAACUCAAAAAUCCUUCAAAUUUUUUGCCUAUAACAAUUAUAUAGUCGGGCAUUAACGUUGAACGCACCACGUGUAUUAUGGAUAAUAACUUUGAUACCUUAAUAACUACAAGACUGUCAAAUACAUUUCUAUUGUUUUAGUUGUAAUAAAUCUUUAGUUGUUAAAAGAGCGUAAGCGCAAAAUUUCGGACCAAUAAUCUUUAAACGUAUUCAUUUUUUUAGAAUCCUGAGAAAACUAAUAAGUAUUUUUGAAAAAUUUGAACGCAGAAUUAAAGAUUACAUUAUUACCGAGGGCUUAGAGUCCCUUAGAAUAAACAAAAUGUUUCUUUUGAAUGAGAUAUUUGAAAUUAAAAAUCACACUCAAUAUUCUCUUUUCCUUUUACCCAUGUAACAUAUUAGAAUAAAAAUUAUAGAAGUCUUCAGGGACUUUAGGCCCUCGGUAAUAAUGUAAUCUUUCAUUCUGCGUUUAAAUUUUUAAAUAAUACUUAUUAGCUUUCUCAGGACUCGAAAAAAAUAAUGCAUUUUAAAAGCAUUGACCAGAAAUUUUGCGCCUAUGCUAUUAAUGUAGCUGUAGUUUAUUUUGUAUUGAUUUAUUUAUUAUUUAUUUUUCCAGUACCUAGUUUUAGGUAGUUAUUACGUUUUAAUAAAAUAAUAUUUAAAAGU